AAUGUUCCCAAACCCUGGCAACCCGGCUGAAUAUGUACAGAAAGUUUCAUCCAAAAAAAAUAAGUGAACAAAAGGGAUAAACGCAAAGAAAAUGUCUGAUGACGAGUUCAUGUGCGGUGAUGACGAGGAGGAAUAUGAUUUAGUGAGAAUAUUUUUUUAUGGAGAACAUACUAUCUUGUAUUUCUACUUGGCCCUAUCUAAUAUAUGAAGUUGGGAUAUCUAGGUCUAGGCUCUAACUGACUAGUGUCCUAGUUAGUUUAGUGUUAGACUGUUAGAGCUAAACUUAAUGUUACUACUCAGCUACUGUUACUUAGUAACUUAAAUUUAGUCAGUGAUAGUGAUACGUACUGUUAUCUGUAUGGAGAAAUUAAUCUCUUAUUUAAGUGUAUGGCUCGUUUUAAAACAGUACACAACAAAAGACGGUACCAAAUGAUAAAUACAAUAACAAAGAAUAGUAUAGGAUACUCAGACCAGGCUAAUUACAAUUAAAAAGUAUAAGUCAAUAAGUUUUAUUUUUAUUAAGUUAACUCUUUCCAUGCCAGGGGGGUUUCCACGUUCAUGCCAGACCAGUUUUCGACCCAUGGAAAUUUUUUAGGAUGCUCUUAUCUAUUAGUUAAUUUUGAAUACAUUUACAAGAAUGCUGUAUUUUAUGUUAAAUUAAAUUAGACAGAGAAUAAUAAUAAGUAACAGAAAAAACAAUAUGACAACAAUAUUUAACAUUUUUCUGGUUAUAUUAUGAGAUCAAAUUUUGUGUAUUUGCGCACCAAAUCUGAAUUUACCAGACUACCAUAUGGUCUGUGUAGCUGGUAUCCUAUUCUGCUUCAAUCCUCAGAAAAUUUAUCCAUUUUUUAUCAUGAUGCAUUUUACAUUUUGAAAAUAUUCCAUUUAGUGACAGAGUGAUACCCAUUUUUGUAACAUUAGGAGUAGUAUUAUCUGAAUCCUCACUGUUGCCAUAGUAACAAAGUGGUUUUUAAAAAUAUUCAUAACUUUUGAACCACUUGAGCUAGAAAGUUGAUCUUGGUGUUUUUUUUAAAUAAAUUCUCUAGGCUCUAUACAUCCGUGGUAUCUUAAUAUUUAAAAAAAUGUUUUGUAAUUUUUAUUCAAGUGCCGACAAUCACCACUAUUACUAUUACUAUUACGAUCGCCAUUCUAUUAAUAUUUACAUUUGGCAUUUACAGACCCAUCAGAAUGCUGGAAAUCAUCACUGGAAUCAGAGUCAAAUGAUUCAUGGUUAUUGUCUGAUAUUUCAGCAUCAAUAAUAGCAAUAAAAAGUCUUUUGUUUGCAAAAUUGACUACCUACAUGGUCUAGCAACAGCUGACGUGCUUGUAGUAAGCGUGGCCAUUACUUUGUUUACAAAAGUUUCAACACAAAUUGAACUAUUAUUUAAAAAAAACACAUGUAAACAAGCCCUACUUCUAACAGGAAGGUGAUAGGAGAGUUAUCCUUGGUUUAAGAACAUAAGAAGUCGAUUUAUAGCCUCAGGAAACGAAAUAAAUUACAUAAAUUAUUUCAACAGUAUCCUGUGGGUUGGCACAGACGCGACCAGUCAAAUCGACAGUAUACUGUGGCUACUAACAGGAAGGUGGUAGGAGAGUUAUCCUUGGUUUAAGAACAUAAGAAGUCGAUUUAUAGCCUCAGGAAACGAAAUAAAUUACAUAAAUUAUUUCAACAGUAUACUGUGGGUUGGCACAGACGCGACCAGUCAAAUCGACAGUAUACUGUGGCUUGGCACGGAAAAAGUUAAUAAUAAUAAAUCACAAAAUCAAAAAGAAAUGUAAUUAAAACUAUUGACUUACAGAUAAUUUUUGGCUUGUACCGGUACAGUGUUGAAGAAAACACAAUGUGGAAAAAGGGUACAUUGAUGAAAAGGAAUCUACACACACACAAAACAAAGCUCUUUAGCAAAAAUAGCACACAUUCAAAAUAACUGUUGCCUGGUCCACUGUAAUUCAAUCUAUCAGCUUUAUAUACCCUGUUUCUUUAGAUGAUUUGAGAACAGAAUAUGCAUUGUAAUCAUGUCUCAAACCUUCCACAACAUUUUUCAAAAUUCUAAUAAAAACAUACCAUAGUCAUAGAUUAUGGUUAAUAACCGAGGUCAAAGGGAGACAACUAGUAAGCCACACCCCUACCCCUAGGCAGUGCAACCGAAUUCCCUUCAAAAUAUUAUAUAAAAGCUUCUUAACAGCUUAUAAAUAAUUGCAUAAGUUAUAUGUACCGGUACAGUGAAAAUUAAUUUCUGGAUAAAGUAUAAGCAAUCACAUUAUCUUUGCCUUAAAUAUGUUUUAUGUCCAAAUUAUGUUGUUGUAAAAAAAGACUCCAUCUUAACAAUCUUUGAUUUUUGGAGACCACCUUAUUCAAAAAUGUUAAAGGAUUGUGAUCAGUAAAAACAAUUACUGAAUUGUUGCAGAGCAAGAAUUAAACUUAAAUAUUCUUUUUCUACUGUGGAGUAAUUUUUCUGAUGGGUAUUAAAUUUCUUAUAGAAAUAACAGGCAGGAUGAUCUACACUGUGGUCAUCUUCUUGAAAAAGAAUUGCUCCAAUGCAAACGCCACUGGCAUCUACAGCUAAUUUAAAAUUUUUGUUAAAGUCUGGUGCAAUGAGAACAUGAGCAUUAGCAAGUAUAUUUUUAAUGUUUUCGAAUGCUUCCUGACAAACACCUGACCAAUUAAAUUUUGAAUUUUUCUUUAACAUAUUAUUUAUGUGAGAAGCAAUAACUGAGAAGUUUUUGCAAAAUUUUCUUUAGUAACCUGCCAUUCCCAAAAAUCUCAUUAACUGUGGAAGUGAUAUAAUAGCAUUUAUCCUAACUGGAACAAGCUUUACAUGACCUUGAACCUCUAUGUGACCUAAAUAUUCCACAGCUGCAUGACAAAAUUCACACUUAUUUAAAUUUACAGUUACAUUUGACUGAAAAAAAUUUCUAAACAGAGAUCUUAACUGGUUUACAUGAUUUGAAAAAUCUUGACUGUAAAUAAUUACAUCAUCAAUAAGGGUGCUGCAAUUUUCCUGGUCAGCAAUAAUGCUAUUAACUAGACGUUGGAAUGUAGCUGGGGCAUUUUUCAUUCCAAACGGCAUUACUUUAUAUUGGCAUAAACCAUCUGGAGUACAGAAAGCACAGAUUUAUUUUGUUCUGUCAGAUAGAGGAACCUGCCAAUAACCUGAUUAGUAGGUCUAUCUUGGUCACAUAUUUGGCAUCGCCUGUUCGAUCUAUAAGAUCGUCUAUCCUUGGAAUCAGAAAGGAAUCAGACUUUGUAACUGAAUUCACUUUCCUGAAGUCAGUGCAAAACCUGUAAGUUUUGUCAGGGACUAAAAUACAUGGAGAACUCCAGUUACUAGAGCUUGGUUCAAUGAUAUCAUUUUCAAGCAUGUAUUUUAUUUCAGACCGGAUUAUUUCAAGUUUUUCCGGAUUGAUCUUAUAGGGGUGUUGCUUGACUUGAACUUCAUUGCCAAUGUCAACAUCAUGUACAACAAUGUUUGUUUAAUUGGGGACGUCAGGGAAAAAUGAAACAAAAUCUGCAAUAACAGACUUUACAACAUCCUUCUCUGACAAUGACAAAUGUCCUAGUUUCUUAUCUAAGGUAGCCAGAAAAAUUAAAUGAAAGUAAAAUGGGACACCUAUACAACAGUCAGUAAGUCAAAUCUCAAGUUAUUGUGACUAGUAACAGUAGCUCAGUAGUUAUAGUAGUACUGUCAAUAGAGAGCUAGUUUGAUUUGGGAAAUCACAAGUGACAAAGUAAAGCAAACAUGUCGUGAUAAACUAAAAAAACAACCUUAUAACUUAUGAUUGCAAUGAUUUUAGGCGAAUUUUGACUAUUUAAUGUAUUCGAGAUAUAAAUACCAUAACUUUUAACUAUAAUCAUCAUCAUCAUUGGUGCUAUAGCCUAUGUUUAGCCCUGGCCUGCCCCACCACAAUCCCAUCCUUCAAUUCAGAUCGAUCCAUGGCUUUCUGCCUCAUGCCAGAGCCCCCAACUCGUGUAAGUCCUUGUCUACAGCCACAAUCCAUCUCAGUCUUGGUCGACCGAUGAGCCGCCUGCCCCUAGGUUUCUGCCUGAAAAUCACUUUUGCUGCUCUACAAUCCGGCAUCCUUUCAAUAUGUCCUGCACAGCGCUGCCUGCCUUUUUUUUAUUGUUGCUACUAUGGCUUUGGUCUUUGUAUAAUUGGUAUAGCUCUUGGUUUGUAUGGAUUCUCUAAACAUCAUUGUCUAACACUGGGCCCUUAAUUUUCCUGAGUAUUUUCCUCUCCCAUGUAUUGAGGAGCAUCUCUGCUUUUCUGAUAAGGGACCCUAGUCUCCUAGCGUUGGUUACUACUGGUCUUAUGAUAGUGGUGUCUAUUGUCUUCUUUGUUCUCCUUGAGAGGUUUUUGCUUCCCAGUAGCUUUUGUAGGCUGAAAUUUGGGAUGGGAACGGUAGCCUGCUAUUAUCCUUUAUAACUAUAAGCCAAUUGAUUUAUGAAUUGCUGAACUGUCAGAAUUUUAUGAUACUAUUACUUAUUUACAGAAGAAUGUGUGCAUAAAUCUUCAUAACAAAUGUAAAUAACAUUCAGCUAAGACACACACUCCCCACUUUUACACAAAAUCUCCUAAUGAAUCUUAAAUCAACAACCCCCUCACUCAAAGUAUAAGUAAAAUAUAGAUGGCACUUAUGGCUAUGGGCUUGGGCUGUAGAAUGCAGAUUUGUUGUUUAAUUCUGUAUAGUAUAUACUACAAAUCACUGUGUACAUACAACUCAACUACAGCAUCAUUGUGGUCAUUUUCAUGGGUAGGUCUACUCAUUAACAGAAUCACAACUUAACACCCUGGUACCCACACAGCAGUAUCCAUGCCCUUUUGACUGCCUGCUCCUGUUAGUUGUGGCAGUAGCAAGUUUUGGUUAGUUAGGCCUAGCUAUUAGGUUAGGUUGGCCAUUAGGUUAGAUUGGCCCUAAUGGAGCCUGCAUGACAUUUAAUUAUAUAUUAUAUUAAAAAAAUGUGUAUGUAGCCCAGAAUUCUGUAGUCUACAGUAGACUGGGUAAAAAUAGUAUUUAAGUUUAGUAUUGAAAUUGGCCUAGGCGUAACAUAUUAAUACAAUCUGUACAAAUUUUCUGACAUUUUUAUUAAUCCUAUUGUUAGCAAUUUAAAAAAAAUUGUUAUUAUUUCAUUAGGCUAUUUUUAGGGCUUUUAUUACUCAGAUACUAUUAUUUUGUAGGCUGUCUAAAAAAUAACCAUAUUUAAUUUUUUUAAAAAUGUCCAGCCAUCUUUUGUCAUUUAAGGCAACCCAAAUAUUUAUUUCAAAUUCAUUCAAAAGUAAUAAAUUUCUAAAUAAUCAGAAUAUGCAGGCCUUUUGUUAAUUCUACUUACAAUGUGUUUGUUAAGUCAUCCAUAAAAGGAUGCUAAAAUAUCACUGGUCAAGGACCUUUAAUUUACGAUGCUAAAAUCCAAGAUUAGGAGACUUUGUAUGUUGUGUAGUUUGAAUGAUUUAUUAAUUUGAGAAUGUAAAAUUUUUUAUAUAGGUUAGGCCCUAAAAUAAUUUGAAUAAUGCAUGUCUUUUUUAGGGGCCAUCCAUAUUUGAUGUUAGUUAUUUUUGGCAGAUGUUUUAACCCCUCUCCAUAGUCACAAAGUUGUAUUCUCCGAGCCCUUCGCUGUGUGACGUCAUUUAUGGAUGUUCCCACAUAAAGGACUUAGCUACAAAAGUUACUAUGUAGCUGAACUAAUAAAGGGCCCACUUUUAAAAAAAAAAAAAAUCAGUACAAAUUGAUGAUUACGUCCAAUGUCAACUGCUGAGCUGUAGUCAAAGUUGAUGAAUUAGAAAUAGUUUGAAAUAGAAUACUUUUUAGUGUUUAUUUAUAGAAUCAAAUAUAAUGUAAAUAUUGAUUUGGGUUGCAAUGAAGAAAAAAUUAGAAAAAAACUCAUUGAUGGCUAAAAUGUGACCCUCAAAUCCAUAGCAUCGUACGUAGUACAGAUACAUUAUACUUAAAAGUUUUCAUAUUCCUUUGGUUUAAAUUAACAAAUAAUUGCGAUCCCCCUUUGUUAACUUUACUGGGAAGGCUUUAAGGCAGAGUUGCACAGAGCACAAUAUUCUUGAGAAAUAUAAUUUUAUCUUGUCACUCAACACUACAUAUGUCCACACUCAUGAAUUGGCUUUCCUCCACUGCCUCAUUUAACAUGCUUUCAAAUAUGGCUGCCGAUAUAGUUUCUUCUUAUAGGCAAUCAAUCAGUUAUAUUAUUGCGCCAAACGUGGACUGGUGAGUUUUACUCGGUAAUAAACAAACACCAAAUAUCAUGAUGAUAUAGCUCCCAUGGCAUAUGUGAUGCUGUUCCCAUCUUUAGUACACCUCAGCUUGCAAGGAUGCUAAUUUUAGGGAUUUACCUGUAAUUUAGCUCUAAUGUUGCUGACAAACCCACCUUAUAUUUUUUAAAGCCAUCAUAAAAUUAAUUUGAAAUAAUUUUUAUAAGCAAAGCAGGAUGAUUUGACAAUUGCUUGUUUUCUAUUUAAAGGUUAAAAUUAUUAGAAUUAUCAGAAUUAGACUGUAGCUAGGUAAUGAUGUAUUUAAUAUUGCUAGUAUAACUUUACAAAGUGGUUUGUAAGUCAGCACAACAUUGACACUGCUGCAUUUAUGUGUUGUUUUAUUAAUCCUAUUAAUUUUUGAUAUAGCUAUACAAUUGUAUGAUGUGACAUUCCUUUACAAUUUAGGUCUACUCUGAAGAAAGUAAUUCUGAACCUGAUGUCGAUCUUGAAAAUCAGUAUUAUAACUCAAAAGCUUUAAAAGAAGAUGAUCCCAAAGCUGCCCUGGAAAGUUUCCAAAAAGUAAGAAGUUCUUCCAAUAGUCACUCAGUAAUGUUAUUCAUGGAACAAGUAGUUGGAUCAGGCUUUUUAGUGAUCUAAAACUUCACUUAUGGAGAAAUUACUUUCUAGUAAUGAUAUUAUUGUGGAAUGCUCGGUUAUUUCAAACUUUUAAAUAAUUUCAGGUUCUUGAGCUUGAAGGAAAAGAGAAAGGAGAAUGGGGAUUUAAAGCAUUGAAACAGAUGAUUAAGAUUAAUUUCAGAUUGGUAAGAAUGGUUUUGUUUUUUGUAUGUUUGGAAAAUUGUUCAAUAAAAUAAAACUGGCAAAUAAAUUCUGCAUAUUAACAUUUAAAUUUUGAUAAACGUUAUCUGUACUCAUUCAUAAGCUGACCCCUUUUGUUUUGGCUGGGUCUAGCCUGAAAAGUGUGUAACCAGCUCCCUAAGCGACCCAACGCCAUAAAAUGAUUUGCAAUAUGAUACUAAAUAUAAAUAUAAUAAUUUAUUUUUUGUAAGUAAAAUGACGAAAAAACAAAUAAACAUACAGUAUUAUGUAUAACAUAGAUACUUGUUUCGCUACCACUAAUACCAGUAUAAAUUGUAAUCAUACUAAAAAUUUCCACAAAAAAAAGGACCUCUGCAAUAAACAAUAACAGCUUCAUUUUCAAUCUAGGUACUUGAUACUCUCUAAGCACAGCUAAUCACACUGAUGCAAAAUGAGGACAAAACAUGUAACUCAAUAUUGCACAUGGUCAAUUUUGCAUGAGGCUUUAAGUUGACUUUAGUUAAUUCCUUUUUUUUUUUUCGUUUUCUAUAAUAAUAAAUAAAUAUACCAUGAGAAAAUUAUACAAAUCUUCUCAGACUUGCUCAUAAGCCAACCACACACUUAUUCCCCUGACAUAUUUAAAAAAAAAAGUAGACUUAUGAUGAACGAGGUAAGUCUAUGUGCUCAAUUGUACUAUCCUACAUAUUUCACAUUUAAAAGUAUAUUUUUCUUCUGACAGAGCAACUAUGAGGAGAUGAUGAUUCGCUACAAACUUUUAUUGACAUACAUUAAAUCUGCAGUAACAAGAAAUUAUUCUGAGAAAUCAAUUAACUCCAUUUUGGAUUAUAUUUCAACUUCCAAGCAGGUUAAACAAUUUAAUAUUUAUAAAUUCAAGUUAUCAGUUAAAAUGUAUUUAAUGUACAGUACCUCAUCUGGAAUCGCUCAACAUUUAUUUAAUUGCCAUGCAUCAAGUUAAGUUGCAUUUAGUCACAUUUAUGGAUUUGAAAGAUCAAAGUAAAUUAAUUAAAUUUAAAAAAACAAACAAAUAUUUUAAAGUUCGUAAUUAAAUUAUGAAAUUAAUUUAUCAAUUUCUUAAAAGAUGGAACUACUUCAAGAUUUUUAUGAAACCACACUUGAUGCCCUUAAGGAAGCUAAGAAUGAGAGAUUAUGGUUCAAAACUAACACCAAACUUGGAAAGUUGUAUUACGACAGAGGGGACUACCCUCGAUUGCAACGUAUUCUUAAACAAUUACAUCAGUCUUGUCAGGUAUGUGAUUGUAUACAUUUUGCAAUAAAUGUAACAAUUUUAAAAAAAUUUUAUAUUAAAAAUUAACAACAAGAUAAGAUAAAAAAACAUUUCUACACACAUAUUCAAGUUUAAGUUUUAUAUAUAAGAUUACAAUAUAUUUAUGUACAGACUGAUGAUGGAGCUGACGAUUUAAAAAAAGGAACACAACUUUUGGAGAUUUAUGCAUUAGAAAUUCAGAUGUACACUGCUCAAAAAAACAACAAAAAAUUAAAGGUUUGUUUCUUUUGUUUUUUUUAACACCUCUGAUUUAGACUAAAAGUAUUGAUCAUCGAGGAGUGUUUCAGUUUUACAAAUAUAUUUCUUAACAGUUGUUCAUAGCUAUGUAAAUAACUACUUGUUAAAUAUUUUUCUAUUGGAUACAUUUUGUUAAAAGUUUAUAUAUGAAAUUUUCACUGGUUGUUUCAGCCUUCAUUUCUACACCAAGUCCUAUUUAAUAACUUUUUAUAUUUAUUUUCUUUAUCCAGGCACUGUAUGAGCAAUCACUUCACAUAAAAUCAGCUAUUCCACAUCCUUUGAUAAUGGGUGUUAUUCGAGGUAAUUUUUAUUUAAAUUAUCUUUAUGAUUUUGUUAUUGACUCUUCGGUAAUGUUCAGUAUUUUUCUAAUGGAAUUUAUAAAGCAGCGUAAACAAAUUUAAAAUGGAUUUUUUUGUGGGCAAACAAUAUAACUCAUGCAUAUUCCGUCUUUAUCCUCCUGUUUCCAUAUUUUUAGAAUCAGAAAUUCAAAAGCUAUAGUCUGUAUAAAGGGUUGUUUACAUCCAGUUAUAAUAGUUUGACUUAAGAACACAUCCUAAUUUUACAAUUAAAAUAUGGCUAAUAAAUCUGAUGUCAAACAUAAUUAAUAUUUGUAGUUACCCAAUGAAAGCUGAAGCAUUUUAUGAUUUUUCAAUACCCAAUUUGUGGAUAUGUCACAGAGAAAUUACCAGCUAUUUUAUAGCACAAAGAAGCUACCCCCCAUUUCUAUAUUUUAAGAAUCGUAAAUUCAAAACCUGUCGAUUUACAGGUGUCAUAUUAAUAUUACAAUUAUUAAAUCUUUAAAUUUGACCCAAGUUGAAAUCUCAGAAAUAAUUAUUCAUGUAAAUUUGAUAUCUUCUCCUCACAAAAACAUAGCCCAGAGAUUUUAUACUAAUAAAAAAACUCAAAAUAUCUACAUUGAUAUAAAAAAACGAGGUAUGGUAUUGGAAAACCCCUGAUUAUAAUAUUGAAAACGGAUGGAUAGGGGCUGAUUGUAUCCAAGAUGGCUGCUGCCUUAGUAUUCUAGAUCCGGCCCUAGGAAACUUGUUAAUAGAUACUACAGUUUACCAUACUCACUCAAUGUGCCAUUGCAAACUUUAUAAACAAGAUAUGUUUAGGUUUGAAAUAAAAGGCAGGACAAUUAAAGGGACUGUAAAAAACAGAUAAAUUUAAAUUAAAAAAUAAAACAAAUGUGUUUAAAGAUCUCAAUAAAGUCAACGGUUUAGUUCAAUGUUCAGAGAUGAAGAAGCGAUCUAUGUUAUUGUUUUAUACAGAAGUUAAGUUGUUCAAAACCAAAACAAGUGUCCCAUAUUAUUCUGUAGUGUGUACCAUCACGGUAAAAGAAAUUUUGUAUUAUUAAUGUGUAUUAUUAAUGUAAAAUUUGAAAUAGCAAAAAUUGAGAAAAGACAUAGACGGAUAUAAUUACUAGAUAAACUCUACAAAUGGGUAGUACAUAAACCAAAGUUUGGAUAGCUGUGAUUUAACUCCUGUUUUUUGUUAUUUUAGCUAUUCUUUAUUUAGAACAAGAAAGCUUGCAGGUCUUGCAUCAUAGGUGACAAAAUAAAUCUUAGGAAAAAACAUUUAUCAUCUAGGAUUAGAUUUAUGUACCAAAAGAUAGCAUACAUCUAUUUUUUAAUAAUCUUUGUUUAUCUUGUAAUACUCAGAAUGUGGUGGUAAAAUGCACUUAAGAGAAGGUGAAUAUGAAAAAGCUCACACUGAUUUUUUUGAAGCAUUCAAAAACUAUGAUGAAUCAGGCAGUCCGAGGUAAAAUUUUGAGGAAGAAUAUGCUUGUCUGUAUAUUUGUAAUAAUACCCCUUUCUCCCUUGUCUCUUGGCUUUAAAAAUGACUUUAUCACUUAUUAUUUUCUCAAAACUCAUAGAAAAAAAAACUUAAAUUUGUUUAAAACUUUCCAGAAAUGAUUAAUUUUCUGAUUACCAAAGAGCAAAUAGUAAGGCUAUCUUCUAAGUAAAUGGCUUCUAUUGGGUGUUGAUUGAUUAUGGUAUUGAUAAUUUUUAACUAUUUUUAUCAGACGAACGACAUGUCUAAAAUACCUUGUGCUGGCCAACAUGUUAAUGAAAUCUGGCAUAAAUCCCUUUGAUUCACAAGAGACUAAACCAUACAAGAAUGACCCAGAGAUAUUGGCUAUGACAAAUUUAGUUAGGUGAGGUUGCGUUACAAUUUUCAUUGAUCAAACUAAUUGGUUUUGAGAAUAUUUUGCCAUUUAUACACAUGUGGUAGCUGAUAUACUUGGGGGAAAAAAAUUGACACUUGAACUUUUCCACAAAUUUAUUUUAAUAUAAAUUACUUAUAUUUAGAAAUAUUUAUUUUUUAUUGUCAGGGGUUUAGAAACCUUUAGAUUUUUAAAUAUAAUUUCAUUUAGAACAACUAGAUGCUUUUAAAAAUAAUUUCUUUCAAGAUGGCCAAUAAAAAUAGAGCAAGGACUCUGAAAAAGGUAAAUGACAACUUCUGUUUAUGCUUUAACUAGCUUUUAUCAGUUUAGUCUUUAAAAAAAUGUUUUUGAUUUUCUUUCAGUGCUUAUCAAAAUAACGAUAUCAAUGACUUUGAAAAAAUCUUAAAGACCAACAGACAAAAUAUCAUGGAGGACCCCUUUAUUAGAGAACAUAUUGAAGGUUUGUUUUGAAAUAAGUUUGAAACAAAGAUAGCAUAAUUGUUAGAAUUGUUACAAGUAGGGUUGCUCUGAUUGAUUUGCACAAAAUUGGCAAUUGGCCUCAUCAACCACUUUUAUUGCUGACAUCCGGUAAUCACACGGUAGUGUUAAGUGUCAAACCUGGGCUCUGAAUCAAUAGAAAAAUAGUCACCUGCAAAAUGAGAUUUUUAAGGCGAGCUUCUGGCAAAACAAGAAGGGCCCACAUUCGGAACCAGGAAAUAGGACAAAUGUUUGGUGCCAUCCCAAUCAGCCAGUCUAUGGCUCAACAAUAAAUUAAUUGGUUUGGACUUUCGGACGAACAUAUGCUAGAUAUAGACACACUGUACUAAAGCACACACAAAUUUAAAAUGAACUAAGAUAAAAACAAUCCAGUUUUUAAAUUCAAAUCGAGGGACGCAAGAUUUCAUUGUUAUUUUAAAAUAAAAUGAGAGAGGUGUUUGGCUAUGCAUCUGGACACUUUUGCACGAAUCCGUCUGAACCUGCAAGGGACACAUUUAGUUGCAACCGUCGGGAAUGAGUUAACUGAAUAUUUACAGGUGAAAAUGUAAAUCUCAAUAGUUAGUUUAGGGAAGUGUUUUUGACUAUGAGUUCGCUUAUAAAACUUGAUUUGAUUUUUUCCGAAUACAAAGCUGAGGAAAGCUAGGUAUAUUGGCUAAUAAUACUAAUAUUGUAAUGUAGUAUACGUUUUUUUGCAAUAUUGCAAUAAAUUACGCCCCUUUAAUAGGCAUUUCCCCCCUGGGGCUCUGGUUGACAAGUCUGUGGUGGCUUCUCAAUCAGGAGGCGUCGGCCACCGACCCCCUCGAUGUUACACAGGGAACAAAACCACUGUGGUGCAUCCUGCGUGGGCAGACAAGGGACGUGCUCUGUACCUACCAUAAAUAAAACAGCACCUACAGGGCUGCCAGCUGUGACAAUUCACAAUUGGAAGUAAAAGCAGAGACAGGGGAGGGAUCAUGAUUACAAGUUGCCGUUAAUGGAUAUGAGGCUAGAGGCGAAGGUGGUAACCUCUAGCCGAUGAUUCUUACUAUUCAGCCCUGACAAGCUGCUCCAAGGAAACCGUUUCGUCCCAGCUACUUUGCAAAUUAGUUGCUUUGUGGAAUCCCACUGUAGAAACCCUCUUAAAGGGCGUCAAACACUAACCCGGGAUGGGUGGAGGAAGAUAUUAGAACGUAAAUUUACCAUCCCAACUCCUGAGAAAGUGGAUCGUGGCCACUGUGUGCAAACAGUGUUGAACCGACCUGGUGUCUUUGGGUUGGGGCGGCCCCCAGCGGAAACCGAUUGAGCGGACUCGAGUGGGGGCUGUCCUGGCAAAGAGACAUCUCCAACGUGCCGCUACACGAUUCGAUACCUGGCUUGGGGGGGGGUGGUGCUUUGGGGAGGGCAUAAACAGCAUUAGCUCGGCGGCCCGCUGGCGCCAUUUCUUAAUGUGACAUUUCAAUGGGCAUUUCAAGCUAUGUACAAAAUAAUUAAUCGGCAUAUGCCAAUUAUUCAUGGCCGUUUAAGCGAUAAUUGGCCAAUUUGAUUUAUUGUUGCAACUCUAGAUACAAGGAAUAUGUUCAAAUAUCAUAUCAUACAUUGUGAUUAAUUUGUCUAUUUUUCAUUUUAGAUCUUUUGAGGAAUAUUCGUACUCAAGUUCUUAUAAAACUCAUCAAACCCUAUACAAGGAUCCACAUUCCUUUUAUUUCCAAGGUAUUUUCAUUAUCCUUUGCAUAAAUAACAAUUUUAUAAACAUUUUUAGUCAAGUUGUAAGUUAUGCAUAAAUCAUGCUUCUAAUUUCUUUUCAUCUUAUCUCUUUGAUAUUUCAAAAUAGCUACAUAAUGUUAUAUAGUUUUUUCUUUCUAAAUGAGCAUUUUUAUUUUGACAGGAGCUGAACAUUGAUGCCAUGGAGGUAGAAAAUUUGUUAGUUUCCUGUAUAUUAGACAAGUAAGUUGUUUGAGCUACUUAUUUAAUAUUUGCAUUGUGCAUUUCUUCAGAUUUUGACAUGUUUAUUUUAAAUAGGUAAAAAUUAUAUUUCUAUUGCCCCACAUGUUGUCUGUAAAAUUUUAGCCCCCGACCUUCCAUACUUGCAUACAAUUGAAUUACACCCCCACAUUCAAAAUAAGUUUGAGUCGUCUAAUAUCAUAAUUGUUUGUCAUAUAAUGAUAUGCCUGUUAUUUGCGUCAUGUCCAUGAAAAUUAUUUUCAUUUGCUGCAAUUAUGACAGCAAUGUGUAAAGAUUCUAUGACUGUGAAGACCCUCUUCCCAAAUCCCAUAUGCAAAAUAUAUUAAUGAACCCACCACAAAAUUACUUUUACAGUACUGUGAAUGGGAGAAUAGACCAAGUAAAUCAAGUGCUGGAACUAGAGCGGGAGUCUACUGGCACUGCCCGUUAUAAUGCUUUAGACAAGUGGACAUGUCAGCUACAGAGCCUUCAUCAGGCUGUCAUUAGCAAGAUAGCAUAGUGACAGUACAAUCUUUAAAGAAAUGGUUCCCUACUCAUACUAUUAAAGUAACUACUUUACUGUUAUAAAACUAAAUUUUGCUAUAAAAUAUACUUUUUAUGUCUGCAUAGGAUUCUUGAGUCAUGAACUUGUAAAAACAUCAUAGGCCAAUGCUUAUUGGUAAGGAAUAAAAGGAUAUUAUUACUUGCCAGUUUAAACAAGCUCAUAAAUCCUGGCAAUGUUUCUAUUUGUGUGGUUGUGUUUAUCUAAAUUCAGCAAAAUUAUAAGGUAUGCAUGUUUUUCAUUGCCUCUAGAGCAGGGUCUAUUUUCAGUAAUUAGAUUAUGAAAAUAAUUUAUCUUAAUACAUUUUGAUGCCAUCUUACUGGAAUAUAGUCUUAGUAAUGAAAAAGUAAGACAGCAUUAUAAUGAUACAUGCAUUUAAUCAUAUAAAAUGUAGGUAUGAAGUCCUAGCCACUUUAAAAGUUUUCAUCCCUCUUAAUAGGAAGCCAAAUAAUAUUUAAACAAUCUUUAUAAAACUUAUAUUAAAAGUCUUAAUAUUUUCCCAGUCUUCAUCUAGUAGAAGUGGAAUCAAUGGUAUUUAUAUUUAAGAUCUGCCAUAGCAAAUGAAUAUUGAAAACUUUAAUAAAGGGUUUGGUUUUCUUUUGUUGCUGUCAGUCACUGAGUGUCUUUAUAUGAGAAUGGAUUGAUCAGUCACUGAGUGUCUUUAUAUGAGAAUGGAUUGAUCAGUCACUGAGUGUCUUUAUAUGAGAAUGGAUUGAUCAGUCACUGAGUGUCUUUAUAUGAGAAUGGAUUGAUCAGUCACUAGCAUAGUAUCAGAUCAAGCACAAGCUUAUAUUUGGCAUUUCAUUUCCUGUACAUAAGUGAGUUGAUGAUGUUAUUUCUAUUUAAAAAAUAAAAAAUUACAAAACCUUCCAUGUCUUUCAAUAAUUGUUGUUCACA